CUCCGGCCGGGCUGAGGCGCGGCCAGGCCCGUGGUGAGCGAUGUCCCUGGCGGAGCGGCGGCGGCGGCGGCAGGAGGAGGAAGAGAAGGGGGAAGGGGAAGCAGGGGAUGGGGCCGGUGCCGGGGAGGAGGUGGUGCAGAUCCGGCUGGGGGACAAGUGCUACCCGGUGUGCAAGAGGAAGCUGAUCGAGCAGAGCGACUAUUUCCGAGCGCUCUACCGCUCGGGAAUGCGGGAGGCAGGGCAGGGCCAGGAGGAGCAGCUGCUUCGCGGGGGGCUGAGCGCCCUGGGCCUGGAGCUGGUGCUUGACUUCAUCAACACGUCSUGCCUAGCCAGGCUGGAGCAGGAGGAGGGCGGCGACGAGGAGCCCCCGCUGCUGGAGGAGCUGGUGGAGGCCGCGUCYUACCUGCAGGUCACGCCCCUGCUGCGCCUGCUGCUGUCCCAGGUGCGGCUGGGCAACUGCUUCGAGCUGCACCGCCUGGCGCAGGUGUACGGCCUGCAGGACCUGCACGACGCCUGCCUGGACUUCAUGGCCGCUCACUACCACCAGGUGCUGCGCAGGCCCGACGCCCGCCCGCACCUCCUGCUGCCCCCGGCGCUGCAGCAGCAGCUGCGAGAGCGCCGCAUGAGGGGCACGGCCACCCUCGUGCUCCUCGGGGACUUCAUGGGCGCCUGUCCCCAAGGGGUGCCCGCCGGCUGUCACCCCGCGGGGGACGCGCCCUGGGCCAUGCUCAGGUACGACGAGGASGCGCAGCGGUGGCUGCCCCUGGCCAACAACCUGCCCCCGGACCUGGUGAGCGUCCGCGGCUACGGCUCGGCCAUGCUGGACAAUUACCUGUUCAUCGUGGGCGGCUACCGCAUCACCAGCCAGGAGAUUUCGGCCGCGCACUGUUACAACCCGUGCCUAAACGAGUGGAGCCAGCUGGCCUCGAUGAACCAGAAGAGAUCCAACUUCAAGCUCCUGGCUGUCAGUGGAAAGCUCUAUGCCAUUGGUGGCCAGUCCCUUUCCAAUGUGGAGUGCUACAACCCAGAAAAUGACUGGUGGAACUUCGUGGCAUCCAUGCCAAACCCUCUCGCAGAAUUCUCAGCUUGUGAAUGCAAGGGCAAGAUCUAUGUUAUUGGAGGAUACACUGCACGAGGCAGGAACAUGAACAUCCUGCAGUACUGUCCCACUUCUGAUUCCUGGACCAACUUGGAGCUGUGUGACGUGCACGUCCGCAAGCAGCAGAUGCUGUCUGUGGAGGAGACCAUCUACCUGGUGGGGGGCUGUAUCCUCGACCUUGGACCAAACCAGAGAUCCAGCCCCAGUGAGGAUGUGCUGACUGUGCAGUCUUACAACAUUGCCACCAAAGAAUGGCUCUACCUCAAUGAGAACUCGUCCAAAUCCGGCCUUAACUUGACUUGCACUCUCCACAACGAUGGAGUUUAUAUCCUGAGUAGGAAUAUUACUCUGUCUUCCAGCUUGGAGCAGCGUCUCUUCCUGAAGUACAACAUCUUUACGGACAGUUGGGAAUCACUGGGGCGCUUCCCAUCCUUUGGACAAAACAUUCUGAUCUGUUCUAUGUAUUUGCCUGAUGGGCAAGAAGUGUAGCAGCACCAGGGUUUUCUUUUCAGUUCAUUAAUGGUUCUUUGGAGAAAUACUGCUUUCUCUGAAUAGUUCCAUUUUCAGAAUGUAAURUGGUUGCAUAAUAUAGGCGUAAAAUACUGGUUCUGUUCUCUAAAAAGGUCUCAAAAUCCAAUAUGAAGAGAAAUGCUUCCAGAAACAGUUUUAAGAUUUUGAUUUAAAAAUGUUGCUGGUUUGGAUUAAAAUUUCACCAGAUACUGUUUGCAAUUUAAACAUAAAUUUAUUGUGUUGGCAGCUGAUACAGGAGUUCCAGAGGCAACACUGAUCAUUCUGGUUUUAUUCUUCAUCUUAAUGGACAGUGUAGAACAUGAGCAAAACUUACACAUUUUGAAAGUGGAAACAAUUCAAUAAAUUAAAAAAUAAAUAUAAUCAAAACCACAAUGGGAAUUAUUUCUUUCAAAAUGCGGCUUUUACUCAAGGAAUGUUCUGUGAAAUGCACACUGUUUCAAAUUGUUUAUACUAUCCCAUUUUAAUCUCCUCCAUGGUAGCAAGUGAGACUCCUAAAGGUGCCAGCUAUUGGGGUCCCAUUAAGAAGAACUUCCUCUGAAUUAUUUGUAAUGCAAUGCUUUGCCAGGGACUGCAGUUCCAGGUAGGGAUUGCCUAGAGGCUACAGUUGCUGCCUGGAAAGUAGACACUCCUUUAMUGGAAGCUGGCAGCAUUUCUUGCCACCAUUAAGCCAGAGGUAAAAAGCCUCUUUAUUCAAAAGGUGGAGUUUACUAAUUGUUGUAAAGGUUUAAGUUUUAGUUACCUUGCUGUAG